CUGCACUUGCACGCUGUUUUUGUUUUCAUUUGAUAAACUUAGUGACUACCCACAAAUAUCAUGAAAAUAUCUCGUUUUAAGAAGUCGCACAAAACUCUGGUGUUCUUUGCCAGCAAUUUCGACUACCGGGAACCCUACCAAGUGCUAAUUGAUGCCACCUUUUGCCAGGCAGCCCUGCAGCAAAAGAUUGGCAUAGAUGAGCAGAUAAAGAAGUACUUCCAGUGCGGCGUUAAGCUACUGACAACCCAAUGUGUUAUCCUGGAGUCGGAAUCCCUAGGCGCUCCUCUCACUGGAGCCACAUCCAUCGUUAAGCGAUUUCAUGUCCACAAAUGCGGCCACGAGGGUAAACCAGUACCGGCUUCCGAAUGCAUUAAAUCGAUGACCAAAGACAAUCGCUAUGUGGUUGCCUCGCAGGAUCGUCUGCUGCAGGAGAGUCUUCGCAAGAUUCCCGGACGUUGUCUGCUCUAUCUGCACAAAGCCACUCCUGUCUUGGAAGCCCCAUCUAAAGCCUCCAAGAAGUGGGUGCAACGACGGGCCAAAAACCUAAUGCUGGGCAAACAGGUCGAGAAAAUCGACUACAUGAAGGAGAAGCAGGGACUGAAGCCAGCUGAAACUGCAGUCAAACCCAAGAAGCACAAAGGGCCCAAGAACCCCAAUCCACUGUCCUGUAAGAAGAGCAAAAAGCACAAGGCGAAGCCACAGCUCAAAGGAGUUGAGCAGACUGCAAUAACCAAGGCGAAACGAAAACGAGUCAAGAUUCCAGCGCACGUCAAGGCAGCGCUAGGAAAAGAUUAGAUUAGAUUGGUGGAUCAAGUAGAUAAAUAUAAGAUAAUGCAAGGUAAUCUGCAGUCUUGACAAAUCAUUAUAAUGUGGGAGGAGCUGCUUUAACUAGCCACCUUAGUGUGUUUAAUAUAAUGGCAGAAAAAUGUAUGCAGCUGAACCAGUUCCAAUCAUGAUAGAUUACUAAAUUACUGGUUAAUGACUUAAGUUAACUAAAAUAUUUUAGAAUUCAUAAAUCUUAAAUUGACAUUUGA